AUGUCCACCACACCCAUCGCGAUCGUAGCUGGCGUUGGUCCAGGAACAGGUGCAUCAGUAGCGAGGAAAUUCGCAGCAACGUAUCCUGUUGUUCUCCUGGCUCGCAGCCCCGAGAACUUCGAGUCCCUGGCGGAAGAGAUCAACAAGAAUGGCGGAAAGGCUAUUGGUAUCAGCACAGAUAUCUCAGAUGAAAAGAGCGUGAAAGCCGCAUUCGACAAGAUCAAGCAGGAGUUCAAGGAUGCUCCGAUCGCAGCAGCUAUCUUUAAUGCCAGCGGGAGGUUCGUCAGGAAGCCGUUGUUGGAGAUAAGCGUGGAUGAUUUCGGUGCUGGUUGGCAUGUGGGCGUGAAAGGAGCCUUCAUAUUCUCACAAGCCGUCCUUCCUGGGUUGUUGAAGCAUGCCGAAGACUCCAAUGCUAAGCACCAGCCAACUCUGAUCUUUACUGGCGCAACGGCAUCGAUCAAAGCAAAUGCACAGAUGUCGUCCUUUGCAUCGGCUAAAUUUGCUCUCCGCGCACUUUCUACCAGUAUUGCCAAAGAGUUCGCGCCGAAGGGCAUACACGUAGCACAUGCCAUCAUCGAUGGCGUGAUUGAUAUCCCAAGGACGAAGGACUGGCUCAAGGACAUGCCGCCGGAAGCCAAGAUCGGCGCAGAUGAUAUUGCGCAGUCGUACUGGGAUCUGCAUCUUCAGAGCAAGCGUUGCUUUACCAACGAGAUUGAUAUCCGACCAAUGCUUGAGAAGUGGUAG